AUGUGCAACAGCAGUCUUAAGUGUAAAGAGUUCAUAUACAGACCAUAUAUAGAACGAAUUAAGUAUUUAGUAAGAUUGCCAGACCAUAAAAAGUUAUGUGAGCUUGCACUUAUUGGUACUCAUUUAUCGCUAUCCUACAAUGCUGAUAUAAUAGAAUUCCGAACCCAAAAUUUGAAUCUUGCCCAGCAAUUAAAAUAUGGAGUUCGUGUUUUUGAUAUCAGUGUGCGCUUUCGAUCAAAUUUAAUUGAGAGCUAUAGCUAUUAUGCUAAAACUAAUAUUGGAUUUCAUGAUUUUCUGCUGGGAGCUGAAGAAUUUCUUGAUGAUAAUCCAGGUGAAUUUAUAAUUUUAUUGAUACGUCAAGUUUUUCCGCCCGAAUUCGAUGGAAUCAGAAGUGAUUGUGACAUUAUUAAUUUUUACAUCCGCCAUGUCGUGGGCGGACGACGUACUGUCACAAAAUGGCGGCUUGAGGACACUAUUGGGCAGCACCGUGGAAAAAUAUUGUUAUCAAGUUUUGACGAUUCAUUUAGUGGAUGUGCUUUUGAUAUUCGCAAUAACUGUAAGCUUCAAAGUGAUAUUACAUUGAAAACUAAACGCAAUAACUAUAAUGUUCAAGAUAAAUGGCAUGAUAUCUUUACCUUAAUCAAGGAUAGUCGUUUUGAUAACUAUAAAUGUUUUCUCAAUGAAAUACACUUUAAUGAUGGUUCAUUUAACCACUUCAGUAUUGCCAAAGAAGGUGGUAAUUUUAAUAGUAGUUUGUGCGUUAGUCACCCAAUAAAUCAAAUGAUGGAAAAUUAUUUCGAAAAUCCACACCGUGCUUUGAUUAUUGUUGUAGCUGACUUUGUAACACAAGAAUUGAUAGAUAAAAUUAACGACAGCAACUUUCCCGAUCCAUCAUGGCGUAUUGGAUGGGAAUGA